AUGCAGGCCUUUCUUUGCGCCGGUGAAGACUGCUGCGUAGAGUUGUAUCACAGCCCAGGGGAGCUUUAUCCUCUUACUUCUGCUGACAAGGCACACGUACGCCCGUUGCACGCAGAACCACACACCCGCACCCCCGAAGAGAAUGCGUGGUUUGCUAACGAGACAGUGGCGGAGGCGGCGUCCAAGGCCCUGAGCGACUAUCAUCGUGGCCGUCUCCCGAGUUUGCCUCCUGCCAACCCACCUGCGGUGCCUACUCCGAUAACUGAGCGAGAAAAGACACGCGAUGCGCUGCCGUUCACGGCUGCCGAGUUGCGUAACGUUGAGUCACUGCUGAACGCGGUGCGCGGGUCAACAGCAACGCGCCUCCGACAGGAGUUGCGGCAGGUUCGAGUCUCUGUAGCGGCAAACGGCUUGCGCAAGGAAGAGGCCCCGAAGCGGCAGGGCCGAAAACGACAACGGCCCGCGGCGCCUCCAACCUUUCCGGUGCCACCUGCAGCUACGCACCGUAGCGUACUGGCGGCGGCUUCUCUUCCAGCGACUGAAGAGGCUUCAAAGCGCCCUAGGCGUAACCCCAGUGGUGGGCUGUAUGCUCGCUCGGUAACGCUGCCCGCUGCGCAUAGUGUAUCGGAGCCCGCCCCGGGCAGCUGCUUCUCGCCUUUGCCGACCGGUGUCCGCGAGGGGCAUGCGACGAGCGACGGGAAGGAAGACGUCAUACCAUUUGUUCAGGCUUCAAGGCGUCACGUGCUCAAAGUGCUCCGCCACGAAGUCUUCGAGAAUCCAUCAAGGUUUGUGUUGUCCCCCGUGUACCGCUUCGUGGACAUUCUCGGGGCGGUGGCGGUCGAAAACAGCAAUCUAGCCACGACACUGUCCGCUCCUCACGCGCUGCGUGAGGGACCGGCGGAAGGCCUCUCGCCGCAGCUGCGCGUGCUUCUCGUGCCUUUGACAGAGAACUAUGAGCAUACUACAGGGUGGAUGGUGCCAAUAAAGAUGGAGGGGUCUGAGCUUGCCAUGUCGCUCUACGUUAACGACAGACCCGUCUCUCUUCCACCAAACUGGCAGCUUUCCCCCUCCAAGGAGGCAGCCGCCGUUAAGACCGCAAUCACGGUGGAUAUCACGUCCCUUGUGCUCUCGAUUGAGCGGGAACUCUUCUCCCUACAGGUGAUCUUCUCCGGCGAUGUGACCGAGAUGGAGAUGUGGCGCGGCGUCAUCGCUUGUGUGCUUGUGGAGGAAGUGGGAUUGACCAACCUCGGUGAGCACAUCGUAUCCACGUAUCGAAAGCCUAGAGCGCCUGUCAUCCAACGAUCGCCGUUGUCAUCUUGCGGCGAGCGCGGCGCCGUGGCGAUCACGGAGGCGUCAGUGAAGAUUCAGUGUCCCAUCACCACGCUCACGAUGGAGAUGCCUGUGCGGAGCAUUUACUGCGAGCACCUGCAGUGCAUGGAACUGACGGCGGUGCUCAUGCAAUGUGCUCGUCAAAACGUGUGGAACUGUCCACUAUGCGGGGCUGCCAUGAAACCAGAGGACAUCAUCGUCAACUACCGCCUCAGGGACUGGAUCGCUUCGUAUUCGCAGCAGGGAGUGGCCCAGGUUGAAUAUGUGGUGGAGACAGAGCUUGGUAGCCCCCUCAAGAUUGUGUACAAGGCUGUGAGGCCAGAGCAACAUUCCACAAUCGAGGUCGUGGAUGAUGAAGGGGAGUAA